UUUCUGAACAAAUUCAUGGCCCAGGCUUGGCCUUUUUAUGACAGAGCAGUCUGUGCGACCAUCAAGGAACUGGUGGAGCCCAUUAUGGAUGACUUUAAGCCAGUUGGCUUCAACAGGAUCGGUUUCAAGAGCCUGACGUUUGGAGAUGCCCCCAUGCGGGUUGAAGGUGUCCGUCUCGAAAGGAUUCAAGGCGACGAUCCAUCUAUUGUCAUGGACAUUGAUCUCCGCUGGUGUGGUGAUGCCAGCAUCGUUUUGGCCAUUGAAGUCACAGGAGAGAACACGCGCAUGGCGCCCAAGAUCACAGACCUCCAGUUGGUGGGGACUAUCCGUGUGAUCUUUAAGCCCCUCCUGGAUGUCAUUCCCUGUUUUGGAGCCCUGGUGGUGACGGUGCAGCGGCCCCCCAACAUCAAGUUCAACAUGGACUUCGGCAAAGCCUUGGGUGGUAGCAUGGUAGGCAGCCCUGUGAAGGCCCUGAUCAAUGGUUUCCUCAAGGACAUCUGGGGCAACAUGCUGGUGUGGCCAAAGCGCCUGGUCAUCCCCAUCAUGGAAGAGAGCAUCACGGGCCCCUUGGACUACCUGCAGCUGCACAGUGUGGGCCUGUUGCUGGUGACAGUGGUGGAGGCUGCGGGCUUGCGCAGGGCGGAUACCUUUGGGUCGUCAGACCCACAGGUCGAGUUGUACACAGAGCCCCACCGAAAGGUGUCCACGACAGUAAAGAAGAACACCCUGACGCCCAAGUGGGGGGAGGAUUUCUACUUGCUUGUGCAGGAACCGACGUCCCAGAACAUCAUGGUGUUGGUCAACGACAUUGACGCCGUCAACGUCAACCUGAAGUUGAAUGUGCUGAAGACUGCAAAGGAGGCCAUUGGCGCGAAGGAACCGUUGGGCAGGGCCAUCGUGCCGCUCAGCGAUGCGGCCAGCCAAGAGGGCCGCCAGGUGGAGCGCACCUUCGAGCUGGGCCCCGGCGAGUUCUCCGACAUGCACGGCCCGGGCGUGGGCGCCGGCACCAUCACCCUCAAGAUGGUCUACAAGUCGUUCGAGUCCCUGCGGUCGGAGCACUCCAGCAGCGGCGCCGUUAUCGUGACGGUAAUUCAGUGCAGGGACCUGGUGGCCAUGGAUAGCGGCGGCGUGUCCGACCCCUACGUCAAGGUGAAGAUUGGCAGGAAGGAGUUCAGGACCGUUGUGGUGCAGGACAGCCUGAACCCCGUGUACAACGAGACGUUCGAGUUCUUCGACCCCCGGGCGGGGCACUGCGUGACGACCGACGACGAGCUCAAGGUGAAGGUGUACGACAAGGACGCUCUGAGCGACGACUUCCUGGGGCGGCAGGACCUGCCCAUAUCCGAUAUCAUCGACUCCUGCAGGAGCACGGGCACGUGCAGAAGGUGGUACAGGCUGGAGGACAUCAAGCACGGGGAGAUCGAGCUCAAGAUCGAGUUCAUCCCGUUCAUUUGA